AUGGACAACCUUCUCAAGAUAAUAAAUGAGCUACAGGACGUUUUUGGCACUGUUGGAUCUUCUCCUGAUUCAAUAAAGCUACCCCAAAUAGUGGUGGUUGGCUCCCAAAGUGCUGGAAAGAGCUCUGUCCUUGAGGGUAUCGUUAGAAAGAACUUUCUGCCAAGAGGAGGUGGCAUUGUGACAAGAAGACCUCUUAUCAUACAGAUCACACAGGAAAAUAUUUCUAACCAAUCCUGGGCAUGCUUCCUGCACAAUCCUGAUAAAAAGUAUACCGACUUUGAUGAAGUAAGAGAUGAAAUAGUUGCUGAGACUGAUAGGCUUUGUGGCAACAGCAAAAAUAUCCUGCCUGACUCCAUAACACUGAAGAUCUACUCAUCGGAUUUGCCAACCCUGACUCUCGUUGACCUUCCAGGGGUAGUCAAAGUUCCAGUUGAUGGUCAGCCUGAAAAUAUUGAAGAACAAACAAUCAACCUGGUAAAAAGUUUUGUGCAAAAUCCUAACAGCAUUAUCUUAGCAGUUUCACCUGGUAAUGUCGAUCUUGCUAAUUCUGAAGCACUAAAGAUAGCAAGACAAGUUGAUCCAGAAAGUCGAAGAACAGUAGCAGUCAUCACAAAGGCUGAUUUAAUGGAAAGGACAACAGAAAAUAGGCUGGUGCUGGAGGGAAAGUCUAUUCCUGUAAAGCUUGGGAUAAUAGGAGUCAUAAACCGGAGUCAGGCAAAAAUAGAUCAGGAACAACCAAUAGAUAAAUGCCUAGAAGAGGAGGAGCUCUUCUUUAAUUAUUAUUAA